AUGAAACUAUCACUUGGAUUCAUAGUAAUGCUUUUGCUCAACAUGGGAUUUUCAACUCCAAGCAACUACGGAGUGAUUUUCGGCUUGGACGACGGGGAGCUUUGCGUCGAAGGCGAUCAAUGUUCCUCUUACUGUUGCAUGGAUUUUAAUGGUUUUAACAGAUGUGCCCCAUUGAGCAUAGAGGGAGCAGUUUGUGAGAACGAUGGUCUUUGGGACGUGUACGAUCACUGUCCGUGUGAAAGUGGGUUAAGUUGCGUAAACUCCGGCUCCACAAAGAUCUGCUCUGAUCCAAAUGAUUCCUAA